AUGGCGUCAUUUGGACAUGCGCAAAGGCAGUGGUUCUGUUCUCGCUAAAAUGAGGGACGUUGUCCCAUUGUUGUGUAGCAUAGUUUACAUAGCGAGAUCAUCACAAGGCUGAAAUGCAGAUAGUACUCCGAUAUUUUCAAUAUUUAUUUCUUCACAUGUAUUUGAGGGGCGAACUGUACGAACAACCUGAUUGCUGGUAAAUUACCGUGCAAACAUGCAUGACUAAAGCGUUUGUGAUAACAUUUACGUUAUAUGUAGCUAGCCAGCUAACUUAGCUAGCGUGUUGGUUCGCUGGCCAGCAAGGCAUAUUCCUCUGUAGCUCGUGGCUUGUAACGCUAAUCUUGUAAAUUACCUAACACACCCAAGCAAAGAAACAAGCUACCAACGGUUGGCCUGCUUGCCGUGACAAAAUGUCCGUAGUUUUCGUUCCGAAGAGACAACGUGGGAAAGCAGAAAUUAACCAGGAAGUUAUUCAACGGUUGCUUGACGAAAACGAUCAGUUGGUGAGAUGCAUUGCGGAAUACAUGCAGAGGGGGCGCGCGACCGAAUGUGUUCAAUAUCAACAGAUUUUGCAUCGCAACAUUGUGUAUCUCGGGACCAUAGCUGACGCUAGUCCUGACAUCCCUCCAACCACACAGACUCUACAAAAAAAUGGGGAAUGACCAGGACAGGAGUCAAGUGAUGGGCGUUGUUGUCUGGUUGCGACCAUACACUGUGUGAAUGUGUGCCACUCUUUUCAAUAAAUGCUUUUAUAUAUUUUUA